AUCAUUGCACUACUUCUUUGGCUAUCAAUCCGGGGUAUACAAAAGAAAUCACUUUCUUAUUCAGGAGCAUUGGCUGCCGUUGUUCUUGGCGGAAUCAUUUUCUCGCAUCCAUCACCAGUCUUUGGAUCUUUACUAUUGACCUUUUAUUUAUCGUCGAGCAAGCUCACAAAGUUCAAGUGUGAGAUCAAGAAACAACUCGAAGAAAAUCAUCUUGAAGGCAAUCAUGAUCGAUUAGGAGGUCAAAGAAAUGCUGUCCAGGUUUUGUCAAAUGGACUGACUGGAAUGAUUUUAUGCUGUCUCCACUGGCGAUGGAUCUCGCAGACGGUAGACGGAACAGCCCAUUCACCAAAAACCAAUGCGUUGAUUCAAGCAGCAUUGUUUGCAUAUAUUGGGCAUUUUGCAUGUUGUAACGGUGAUACGUGGGCAAGCGAGCUUGGAGUCCUAUCUCGCAGUAAUCCAAUCCUUAUUACCACUUUUCAAACAGUUCCAAAAGGAACGAAUGGUGGAGUAAGUGCUUUUGGGACGGCUGCUGCCAUUGUUGGUGGGCUAUGUGUCGGCACUGCAGCUGCAGUGACUUUGUAUCUUGAAACUACAUUCAUGAGUCGACCAUCGAGCCCAAUUGGAAUAUUGGUGCUGAUUGGGGCUGCUGCUGGAUUUGGAGGGUCUAUGAUAGAUUCAUUAUUGGGAGCAACGCUUCAAAAGUCGAUAUUUAACAAGGAUAAGAAGCAGAUUGUUCAAGAUCAUCGAGUGUUGAAAGCGGGGGAGUCUCCUGAAAGUUUCAAGCAUAUUAGUGGUUUGGCACUGCUUGACAAUCAUCAAGUCAACUUUGCAUCAUCUUUGAUUACAGCAACAGCAACUGGUGUCUUUGGCUAUUGGUUGUAU